CUGUGUUUAUGAAUAAGGCAAGAUGGCGCUGUCCGUGAGGUGUAACGUGAAAUCUGUCUUUCGUUUUAUUCAUAAGAUUAAUUCCCAUAGAAGAUUAUUUAAAGCUGGGACAGCGACGGGAACGACGAGCCUCCCUAAAACACUGGUUUUCUCAGGAAUCCAGCCCACAGGUGUUCCCCACUUGGGCAAUUAUCUGGGAGCUCUAGAGAACUGGGUGGCCCUGCAGGACAAGUACAGUACUGUCAUGUACAGCAUCGUAGACCUUCAUUCCAUAACCCAGCCUCAGGACCCUCAGAUGCUCAGAGAAAACAUCCUGGACAUGGCCGCCAGUCUGUUGGCCUGUGGCAUAGACCCAACUCGCUCCAUCCUUUUCCAGCAGUCUCAAGUCUCAGAACAUGCUGAGCUGUCCUGGAUCCUAGGCUGUCUUACCAGCAUGCCUCGUUUACGGCACCUGCCUCAGUGGAAGAUGAAGAGCAAGCAGAAGAAUGAAGGCAGUGUGGGACUUUAUACAUACCCGGUUCUACAAGCAGCCGACAUUCUGCUCUACAAAUCCACACAUGUGCCAGUAGGGGAGGACCAGAUCCAGCAUUUGGAGCUCGCCCAGGACUUGGCCCGCAUCUUUAACAACCAGUAUGGAGAGUUCUUCCCAGAGCCUCGUGCCCUGCUCAGUGGCACUCGAAAGGUGAAAUCUCUGCGGGAUCCAUCUUCUAAGAUGUCCAAGUCAGACCCCCAAAGGUUAGCUACAGUCUUCCUGACCGAUUCCCCUGAUGACAUUGUCUUUAAGAUUCGCAGAGCUGUGACUGACUUCACUUCUGAAGUGACUUAUGAGCCUGAGAGUCGGCCCGGUGUGUCAAACCUAGUCUCCAUGCACGCGGCUGUAUCUGGACAGAGCGUGGAGGAGGUGGUCAGGCUAGCUGAAGGUAUGGACACUGGACAAUACAAGAAUGUGGUGUCCGAGGCUAUUGUACAGAAACUGCAACCUAUUCGGCUGGAGAUCCAAAGACUGAGGGCCGACAGAGGCCACGUUGAGAGUCUGUUAGCCAAAGGAGCAGAGCAAGCUCGCAGCCUCGCAGCUCCCGCGAUGACGGAGGUCAGAAAACUGACGGGCUUCUGUUAAGGAUUUAUAAACUGUGAAUGCAAUGAGCUAUGCUUUGUCUGUGUUAGAUUUCUUCAGUUUACUAGCGAGAACUUUUGGUAAGUAAAUAACACCACCGUCACAGAUCGCUCUCUUCUGUUUAAACAAUCAGUUUUGUUUGCUUUCAUGUUGUUUUUUGUCCAUUUUGUAUUUAAGCAAAUAAAUCAUUUUUAUUUUUAUUUACUGUUGUAUGAAUAACAUUAGUUCAAAAUCCUCGCACGUGCCUCAACACACUCAUGCACAGGAGAAACUGCAAGUCUAGCUAACUCCAAGUCCCCUAGUUCACAUAGUAAGCACCUCAUGCAUGCACUAUGCACAAAUUGAGUGAUGGAGCAGUUCGGGCUUGUUUAAGGAUAAUGUUUUAAUUGUAUUUCAGUCAUUUCAAUCAAUCAUUUUUAUUUAUAUAGCGCUUUUAACCACACAGUUUGUAUCAAAGCACUGAAGCACAGAUUGCAUCUAUUCCACUGGUUUUCCCUUGUAAGGAAGUAUCUGUGAGGAGGUGGCAAGACUGUCCAUUAGGCAAACUAAAUUCCAUGCAUUACCAAAUUAGUUACUGCUCUUUAACUAAAAAAAACCCUAUAUGUCUAAAAUAUAAACGAUACGCAUUUGUUGGUAUAUAUUUGAAAUCAGUUAUGCAUUUAAUUUAUAACAGGAAAAAAAUCCCAAAUCCUUCCACCGUCGUCUUUCAUACGUUCACUUGAAAAAAAUAACAUUUCCUGCUUUAUGACUUCAGCUUUAAUAACUUCUUUGCUCUGAAAUGAUUCUAAAAGAAGUCGCCAUAAAUCAUGAGACGAGAAAACAUCAUUAACUCCACCGACAUUUUCUCUGAUUCUUUAAACGGCAAUUUAAAAGGUUUCCAGGGUGCUGCACAAACACGCAUUAUUCUCCGAGCUGUGUUCUGAUUUUAAGGAUGUAUUCGAGGAUUAGGUGGGAGGUUUGUUCGUUCCACGGGUCAAUUAGUGUUCAGUCCGGCAAAAUGAAUCGUUUGUUUGGAGCAGCUUUAUUUGUGCUCUCUAUAAUGCAUGCUGACGGAAUGGCAAGGUGCAGUCACUUGUUAUUUGACAGUAUUUCACGUUACUUUCUCUUUGAUGCGUCGUUCAUUUUCGAGGUUUUUCUUUUGCAGAUGAUGUUCAUACCAGGCUUGCACCCUUGGUAUAGACUCCACACGUGCUGCAAAAGUGCAAGCAAUGCUUACUUGUCAGUAGUGUAUUACGGGAGAGAAAUAAUGAUGAAAAUGAUAACAAAAUGUGUCCGACAUUUGGUAGGUGUUUUAUCAUAACAAUCCAGCGUGCAUUGUGCUGCUAAUCGAACACAGCGAUGCGCGGUCAAGCGCGUGUUGAGUUUGUAACGUGAAUGUUUGUGAGCCCCUCAGCUCUUUUUCUGAGGGCAGGGGUCACCCUUUUCCUCUAAUUAAGCAUUAAUAAUCAUCAAAAUAUACUACAUUCGGCGACGGAGCAGUGGGACUGCUGUCAAACCGACUUAUUAACUCUUCCUUGCUAAAAGGAUCUCGUGCGUUUCGAAAACGUCGGUUCCAGCUCGAGCAAAGCGGAGCCCGUCUAAUAAGGCUAGCUGCGAAAAGACGGUCUUCCGUCUUUAUAAUUAGCCUAAAAACAACGUUUGUUUAAAUAUUAAUUUUUUUUGGACGAAGCAUUCGGAUCAGGACUGCGUCUAGACAAAUUAUUUUGUCCACACUUUUUUUAGGCUAAUUAAGAACACCUUCGCUAAUAAAUCAGUAAACGAUUAAAUAGCCUCAAUGAGUUAUGGAAAGGGAAAGCAUUCGGUUUUCAGGAUAACGCACGAAAACCGGAUCCUGUUAAAAAUCACUCUCGAAAGAAAUGAAGUUGAAGACUGAACAAUUAAAUAACGUUUCGAAAUGAAAUCAGGGUUUCGCAGAAACAACGGGUUGGUCUCAAGUAAGCUAGCCUACUCAAUUAAUCAGUUCAUUAGUAACUUUCAUGUGGGAACAGGGCUUGCUAUACGUUUCAGCCAAUGCAAAAUAAAUUCAUUAAAUUCAAAUAAUAAAAGGUUAUUACAUUUAAAAAAAAAAUCUACUUAAAAAUUACUUGCAGGAAAAACAUUAAACGUGGUUGAUAUUUUAAUAGAGGGAGGCUCCACUAUGAAUUUCUGCAUUUAAUUAGUCUUCAGCCACUCGCGGCGAGGAAUCAAAGCAUUAAAAGUAUUUCUGUACGUUUCUUUGCAGUACAUUCAUUUUACAUUUAUUCUAAAUUGCUCUAUAAUUAAAUUUUUCCUGUCUGUCUUUGAAAUAAUUAUCUGCGUUUUAUUAAAUAUGUAGGCUAUUGACUUGUUCUAAUGCUGAAUGUGCUUUUAUUCAAUCCAGCUGAUUUACAGUUGAUUACUAUUUUGUCGUUAUUUUGUUGUUUUAUUAUUUUGUAUUUUGCCGGUAAUUUAAUUAUUGUUCGUUAAUUGUUCUUGCUACACAAUAAGCAAAACAUUUAUAAAUAAGCUAGAUACUAAGCCAUUUAGCAUAGUCAUUAAAAUGUUCAAAUGCUGUUAAUUGUUUGGUAACAAUCUUGAUUAAAAAACAUGCAACAAUUA